AUGUCUGACUACAUGGACCCCUGUCCCCUGCUAAUUAUUCCUUGUAUCAUUUGCCUUUUCUUUUUAGGUGAGGAUACUGGGAAAACUCAACAACAGAGAAUUUCUAGAGAUGUUUCAUUUCACUGUGAGAUAUUUGAUCAAUCUACAGGAAAAGAUUCAGUGUAUUCCAUUUUAGAAGAACAGUGGCAAGAGAAUGACCAGCUGGAGAGAUGUGAGGAAAAUCAGAUUAACUCCUUAAGUCAUCACUUCAAUGAACUGAUUCAAGACAGAGGCUCUGGAUGUCAAAACAUUGAAAAAGGAAUUCAUGUGACUAUCAAGCUUGUUCCUCCAAUGAAAAAACUCCAUAAUCACGACACAUUUGGAAAGCAUUUGAAGCAUACUUUAAACUUAUAUAAUCCUAAUAGAAGCACUGCAACAAAGAACCUUGGUAAGACUUUUGGAAACGGUAGCACUUUGACUCAUAGCUCUUGUUCUACUAAGAAUGAGAAUAUUAACACAGGAACAAAUUCCUGUGAAGAUAAUCGGUGUGAAAAGCACUUCAGCCAACAACAAUCUGUCAUGUACCAUCAGAAAAUUCAUACUAAGGAGAAAUUUCAUGUAUAUACUGAAGGUGUAAAGGGCUUCACCCAAAAGUUACAUCCCUUUGAAUAUCAGAAAAUUCACACUGGAUAAAAAUCUGAAGAAUACCACAAAAAUGAGAACAUUUUCAGUCAGAAGUAACAAAUUGACAAACAUGAGGGUGUUCACAUAGGAGAGAAACCUUAUCUAUGUACCCAGUGUGGAAAGAUCUUUACCCUCAAGUCAAACCUCAUUACUCAUGAAAAAAUUCAUACUGGUCAGAAGCUCUUUAAAUGCAGUGAAUGUGGAAAAGCCUUCUUCAGAAAAUCAGAUCUCUUUAGGUAUACUAGAAUUCACACAGGAGAAAAAUCUUAUGAAUGCAGUGAAUGUGGGAAAGGCUUCUUGCAGAAUUCAGACCUCAAAACUGGAGAGAAACACAAUGAAUGCAAUGAAUGUGGGAAGGCCUUUAUCCAGAAAUCAUACAUUCAUACACAUCAGAGAAUUCACACUGGAGAAAAGCCUUAUGAAUGCUGAGACUGUGGGAAAUCAUUUACCAAGAAGUCACAACUCUGUGUGCAUCAAAGAAGUCACACAAGAAAGAAGCCUUAUAUAUGUUCAGAGUGUGGAAAGGUCUUCACUCAUAGGACAAAUCUCACUACACAUCAGAAAACUCAUACUGGAGAGAAACCAUACAUGUGCACUGAAUGUGGAAAGGCUUUUACUUAUCAGUCCAAUCUCAUCAAACACCAGAAAACUCAUACUGGAAAGAAACCCUAUAAAUGUAAGGGCUGUGGAAAAGCCUUCAUAUGGAGGUCACACCUCAAAAUCCAUCAGAAAUCUCAUAUUGGAGAAAGAUACUAUGAAUGCAAGGAAUGUGGGAAAGCCUUUAUCCAGAAAGCAAGUGUACAUCAAAGAAUUCACACAGGAGAGAAACCCUACGUUUGUCCUGAAUGUGGGAAGGCCUUUAUCCAGAAAUCACAUUUUAUUGCACAUCAUAAAAUUCACACUAGAGAGAAGCCUUAUGACUGCAGUGACUGAGGAAAGUGCUUUACUAAGAAGGCAAAGCUUUGUGUGCAUCAGAAUAUUCACAGAUGUGCUGAAUGUGGAAAGGCCUUUAUGGAUUGGUCAAACUUCAUCACACACCAGAAAGUUCAUACUAGGGAGAAACUCUAUAAAUGUGACAGUAGAAAAACCUUCACCUGGAAGUCACACCUCAGUAUACAUGAGGAAUCCCAUACUGGAGAAAGAUGCUAUAAACGAAGUAAAUGUGGGAAAGCAUUCAUCCAGAAAACGACACUAAGUGUGAAUCAGAUAAUUCAUAUAGGAAAGAAACCUUAUGCUUGUACUGAAUGUCCCAAGGCCUUCACUGACAGAUCAAAUCUCAUUAAGCACCAAAAAAUACACAGUGGGAAGAAACAGUAUAAAGUCAGUGACAGAAAUAGAAACAGUAUAAAGUCAGCCUGGAAACUAGAAUGGGAUCUGCAUCAGAAAUGUCAUAGCUGGAAAGAGGAAUGUUUGGUCUUACAAUUACUGUACAAGGGAAGUGGAUAUGAAAGACUGGCUUGA